AAAGAAAUCACAAAGUCCGAUUAGCUGUUGGAAAUGGAGUAAGAAACGAUGUUUGGAGAGAAUUUUUAGACAGAUUUGGUGCUGUUAAGAUCUGUGAGUUUUAUGGUGCUACUGAAGGAAACAUUUGUUUCAUGAACCACACAGGAAAAAUUGGAUCUGUUGGGCGCACCAAUUUCUUUUAUAAGCUUUUUUUCCCAUUUGAUUUAAUCAAGUAUGAUUUCCAAAAAGAUGAACCAAUUAGAAAUAAACAUGGUUGGUGUGAAAAAGUUAAGAAAGGUGAGGCUGGUCUUCUCAUUUCCAAAGUCAAUGCGAAGAACCCUUUCUUUGGUUACGCUGGCAGUAAGAGACACACAGAAAAGAAAUUACUCUGUGGGGUAUUUAAGAAGGGAGAUCUUUAUUUUAACACUGGAGAUCUAAUGGUUCAAGACCAUGAAAAUUUUCUUUAUUUUUGGGACAGGAUUGGAGAUACCUUCAGAUGGAAGGGAGAGAAUGUUGCAACUACAGAAGUUUCCGAUGUCAUUGUAAUGUUGGACUUCAUACAAGAAGCAAACGUGUAUGGUGUAUCUGUACCAGAUCAUGAUGCAGGAAUGGCCUCUGUUAUUUUAAAGCAGAACACAUCAUUAGACUUGGAGCAAAUGUAUAAGCAAGUAGUGACCUAUCUACCAAGUUAUGCUUGUCCUCUUUUUUUAAGAGUCCAGGAAAAAAUGGAAAUGACUGGAACGUUCAAACAACAAAAAUUUCGACUGGUGGAUGAAGGUUUUAAUCCAUCUACAAUCACUGAUCCUCUUUAUUUUUUAGAUAAUUCUAAGAAAGCAUAUGUCUUGUUAACCAAAGAAAUACAUGAGAUGAUCUUAUCUGGGAAAAUGAAACUUUAA